UUGUGCUUCUAUACGUCGUCAGCAGUUUGUUCCACUCGAACGUCGUCAUUUGCAACCGUCAGCGCUGUGGGUGUGGACUCUAUGACAGACUAGGCAGUAGUGUGUGUACACAGACGUACGCUAUUGUACAGUUAUUUCGAAAUGAGUUUCAACUACGGACAUGGAUACCUAGGAGGACCGAGCACACCUCAUCAGCACCCACCUCCGGGGGCUCCAUACAGGGGUGGAAUCCUGCCAGGCGGUCCCUCCACCCCCCAUGGAGGUGUUCCCUAUGGAGGAUCUGGCCCCCCAGGGCAGUAUGGGGACUCUGCCCCUUCAGGGUAUUCUCCUUAUGGGGGUGCAUCUGCUCCUCCAGGCGGUCAGUAUGCUGGAGGGGCCUUGCCAGGGGGGCCCAAUGGGGUGUACGGAACCUCAGGGCAGGGGGGACCACGGGGGCCGUAUGGACCAGGCCCUGGAGGUGCCCUCGGGGGCCAGUACGGAAGGGGGCAGGCACCUGAAGGGGCCUAUGGGGGCUAUGGAGGUCAGCCGCAUGGAGGGCCACAUGGACAGCAGGCUCCUGCAAGUAACAUCCCCCCAGGUGUGAACCCAGAGGCCUACCAGUGGUUCCAGACAGUGGACACGGACCACAGUGGCUCCAUCAACCUGAAGGAACUGAAGCAGGCCCUGGUCAACUCCAACUGGUCAACCUUCAAUGACGAGACCUGUCUCAUGAUGAUCAACAUGUUUGACAAGAGCAGGUCGGGUCGUAUCGAUCUUUUUGGCUUCUCGGCCUUGUGGGUGUUCAUGCAGCAGUGGAGAGCCCUGUUCAAGCAGUACGACCGGGACCGGUCUGGUUGCAUCAGUGGCACUGAACUUCACCAAGCCCUAUCGCAGAUGGGAUACAACCUGAGCCCCCAGUUCGCUGAGUCCCUAGCGGGUCAUUCUGGGUCAUGCAGCGGUCACCCUGCCUCUAUGCAGCUGGACCGCUUCAUCCAGGUAUGCACGCAGCUGCAGAGCAUGACGCAGGCUUUCCGCGAGAAGGACACUGCCAUGACAGGAAACAUACGCUUGAACUAUGAGGACUUCCUCUCCUGUGCCAUAAACAGGCUCAUGUAAGCUCCGCCCACACUCACCCAAAGUGCCUCUAACCCCGCAAAGGAUCUUGGUUAAUGUAGUCCCCGAACCAGUUCCUUCAGAAGCUGCAACCGUUCUAUUCUAUUGUAGCCCUUAGCAUUUGUAUUUAUAAUAAUAAUAAUGUAUUCAUUUAGCAGACACUUUCAUCCAAAGCACCUCUUGAUCUGAAGGGAAGUGCUCUGACCACUGAGCAAUACCUAUUAUAUACAGAUAUUAUGUGCUUUGUAUAAAGUGUCGGGUACAGAGAGUGAAUUGAAGGAAAGGAUGGAGGAGUGAGAGAGUAAAAGAAGGGUUUAAAUCUUUUAAGGUACAAUAUCCCCCCCCUCUUUUCUCCACCAUACUGUAACAGCAGUUUUUAACAAUUUUUUUUAAGCAUUGCAGAUUUUUGCCACUAUUGCUGAACUUAACGUGUAAAGCUUUCUGUAUACAGCAUUUAAAUGUACAAAGCCUUGACUCUUAAAGGUCCCAUGGCAUGCUGUUUUUGGAUUCUUUUAUAUAGGCCUUAGGGGUCCCCUAAUACUGUAUCUGAAGUCUCUUUCCUGAAAUUCAGCCUUGGUGCAGAAUUACAGCCACUACGAACAGUCCCACAAUGAGCUUUCCUUAGAACGUGGCAUUUGCAAAGCAGAGAAAGGGGAGGUAACCUUUCCCUUUAUAACGACAUAAGGGGAAAAUUCCAUAUUGGACCAUUUGAGCUUUCAUUUUCUCAAAGGCGGAGAAGAAUACCCAGGGAUUGGUUUACACUUAUCAAAAUUUCUAGCCACUGGGAGUCCAAAGGCAGGUUAGGGGAACUCAUAUAAAUAACCUCAUAAAGUGAAAUGUUCAUGCCAUGGGACCUUUAAUAAGCUGCAAUGGCUUUGGUAGACCCUAUUGUGAACUGUUUGUUUUUAAAUACAGUCAGUCGUAAUACACUUCCCAGCAUGAGCUUAGGUUUGUUUUCGAAUGUCAGUGAGACAGCUUCUUUUUUUUUUUAUAACUGAGUAUGUGGCAAUUAAAUAUAAUUUAAUUGGGGGGGUCAGAUUUGUCCUUUUCAAAAGGUAUAAUGAAACCUAUACCCCUGCUUGCCAAAAGAACAAUAAACUCCAGAGUUUAUAACUAACAAUUAAAUAUCCUGAUAAUGUGGCCUUCUAACCUGUGGUCCGUUCUUCGUAUGUCGCUUAUUACAUCCGAGAUCAAAUGACACAUCCAAGAUGACAUAAUCUUGCUAAUCAUGAUCUGGCUAAUUAGGUUCUUCGAACACCCUUGUUGUUUAUGAUUAGUAUAGCUGGAUUGAGCCAUUGACCUUGAUCAGCCACGCCCCGUUUUUACCGCAACAGAGCCAAACAGAGCAAGAGCUUGCUCGAAGGUUACUCCGAAUUUGAAGAUAUAAUCAGAACGCCAGGGAACACCUCAAUGUCUGCAAAAUCCAAGAAAGAGGGCUGGUUAAAAGUAGCAGACCAAAUUAAAUGUAUAGUAGUGACCACGUUAGAUGUUUUACAUUUAGUCAUUUAGCAGACGCUCUUAUCCAGAGUGACUUACAGUAAGUACAGGGACAUUCCCCCGAGACAAGUAUGGUGAAGUGCCUUGCCCAAGGACACAACGUAAUUUUUCACGGCCAGAGUCGAACCGGCAACCUUCUGAUUACUAGCCCGAUUCCCUAACCGCUCAGCCAUCUGACCCCAGGUCAGAUUAUCGCUUAUUACAGUAGGCUAGGCGUAUGUUUUUGUAUUUUCAUAAUUACUUUGUUUAUCGUCUUUAAUGUCAUAUAAUGUAAUGUGGUUUCAACAAAUUAAUGAUGUAAAUGACACCCUCACGCUGUGCUUAAGGAUCUAUCUAUCACGCAAUGCACAUUAAUUCGGUUUCAUGUUAAAUUCUGCUAAAUUAUUCUUGCACCUUCCGCAACAGGUUGUUGUCAUAAACACGGACAAGACAUGGCUGUGACAGACUUCCUGUAUCUCUUCUGCUUAUAAAGCCGCAAUCAAAACUUGUUUACAUAAAAGAAGCCUGCUCCCGAUCAAGUUUAAGCUAAAGGACUUGUUGCUAUGACAGCAAGUCCAGAAUGAGCUUCGAAGAACCGAACAAUCCAAGAUAAUGACAAAUCGUCAACAAUCCAGCUAACUGAGUUAGCGACAUACGAAGAACGGGCCCCAGACCUUUAGCUAAAUACCUGGAGUUAUUGCCAAAUAUUUACUCUCCAAUUUCCUGCAUUGCCUUUUCUAUUCUCUUCCAUUUAUUUGAACCGUCAUUCCACACCCUAUUAUAGUAUAUUAAUAUGAUAUUUUAUAUUAUAUUUUGAGGUUUGAGUACCAAACUAGAAGGUUCAGGACUGAUUAUUACUGUGGGGCCAAUCAUAUUUGUGUCACUUGGGGCCAAUUAUUUUUAUUCAGUAUCCAUGCAGAAGAAAGUAGUUUUUUGUUUAUUAUUGCAUUCAUGAAAAGUAAUAAAGUUUUGUACAUUUGGUU